AUGGACUCGCUCACCCUUGAACAUCUUCCAACAGACUGCAUUGUCCACAUCGCCCUCUUCAAGAACAUCAAGAACGCGGCUUUCCUUCACUCCCAAUUACUAGCCCGCAAUGCCGACUUUGAAUAUGCCUUUAUAGACGCAUCAAUAGUCGUCUCGAGGCGGCAACUCCUCGCAGCCGCCUACAAAUCCAUCAACGCCCUCCUCAACGACUCCCUCCUCACACCAAACGUCCACUCGGAAAUAGUGGUCAACCUCAAUCCCUCCACCAACAUCUCCGAAGCCUACCGCCGCUUCGGCCUCAACCCCCCAACCCAAAACGUCCUCGUCCUCAAAAUCACCCACCCAAAGACCAAUCCCCCGCUCUCGGCCGACCAAAUCUGGACUCACCUCUCCACCCACGUCGAGGGCGAAGCCCUGCCCCCGACGGACGAGAACAUAGCUUCUCUGACGGACUGGCCCAAGGUGAGGAAGUAUUACAAGCUGAAUGGGCUGAAUUGGUUGGAUAAGAUGGGGGAGGCCGAGAAGAAGGCUGAGGCGGAGGUUUUAGUGUUGGGCAGCAUGGCGCUGCGUGGUGUAUAG